AUGUCCUGGCAGAGAACGCCCAUUUGACUUACAAGUUCCUCACACCCUAUCUCUAUGACUUCUUGGAUGCCAUGAUCACCUGCCAGACAGCUCCUGAAGAGGCUUUCAUUAAGCUGGAUGGGCUGGCAGGGAUGCUGACUGAACAGCUCCGGAGACUCACUAAACAAGUGCAGGAAGCAAGACACAACAGGGAUGAUGAGGCUGUCAAAAAGGCAGUGAAUGAGUAUGAUGACACCCUUGAGAAGUAUAUUCCCGUGCUGAUGGCCCAGGCCAAAAUCUACUGGAACCUUGAAAAUUACCCAAUGGUGGAAAAGAUCUUCCGCAAAUCAGUGGAAUUCUGUAGUGACCAUGAUGUGUGGAGGCUGAAUGUGGCUCAUGUUCUGUUCAUGCAGGAAAACAAGUACAAAGAAGCCAUAGGUUUUUAUGAGCCCAUCGUCAAGAAGCAUUAUGACAACAUCCUGAAUGUCAGUGCUAUCGUGCUGGCUAACCUGUGUGUUUCAUAUAUUAUGACAAGUCAAAAUGAAGAAGCCGAGGAGUUGAUGAGGAAGAUUGAAAAGGAGGAAGAGCAGCUCUCCUAUGAUGACCCGGACAAGAAAAUCUACCAUCUCUGCAUUGUGAAUUUGGUGAUAGGGACGCUUUAUUGUGCCAAAGGAAACUAUGACUUUGGUAUUUCUCGGGUUAUCAAGAGCUUGGAACCUCAUAAUAAAAAACUGGGGGUGAGGGAGUAUAGUUCAUAGCUGGGGUUCAAUCCU